UCUUUUUUGGAAUAUUGUUUGUUAGCUUGUGAUGAGAUAAACUGGGAAAAUCGUGAUGGCGAGAGACUACAGUGGUUCGCAAAUGCAUCAUCAGCUUGAAGCAAAGAGGAGGCGUCUCACAUGGAUUCUGGGGGUUAGUGCCCUCUGCAUAUUGUUCUAUGUGUUGGGCGCUUGGCAGGCGACUCCCAGUACUCAAUACGACUUAUACACUAAAGUUGGUUGUAAUAAUAAUACGGCUAUGUCGGACAACAAUGGCAAUGCAAGUCUCAGUAAUCCAUCGAUAGACUUGGAUUUUGCUAGCCAUCAUCAGAUCGAUAUCGAGAGUUCGAAAACAGUGAGUCAAUUCCCACCGUGUGACAUGUCUUACAGCGAGUACACUCCUUGCCAAGAUAAAGUAAGGGGACGGAAAUUCGACCGCGACAUGAUGAAAUAUCGAGAGAGGCAUUGUCCCUCCAAGGAAGAACUGCUACUCUGCCUUAUACCGGCCCCGCCGAAUUAUAAGACCCCUUUUAAAUGGCCUCAGAGCCGUGAUUAUGCCUGGUACAACAAUAUCCCUCAUAAAGAACUCAGCAUUGAGAAGGCGAUCCAGAAUUGGAUUCAAGUAGAGGGUGAUCGUUUCAGAUUCCCCGGGGGAGGCACCAUGUUCCCUCGGGGAGCUGAUGCAUACAUCGAUGACAUUGGUGAGCUCAUUCCUCUUACUGAUGGAAGAAUCAGAACAGCUGUUGAUACCGGCUGCGGGGUUGCAAGCUUCGGUGCUUACUUGUUGAAGAGGAAUAUCUUGACAAUGUCUUUUGCUCCAAGAGAUACACACGAAGCGCAGGUCCAGUUUGCGCUGGAACGCGGAGUUCCUGCGAUGAUCGGAAUCAUGGGUUCACAGAGGCUUCCUUAUCCAGCGAGGGCUUUUGACUUGGCUCAUUGUUCCCGUUGUUUGAUUCCUUGGUCAAAGAAUGAUGGCUUGUAUCUCACGGAAGUGGAUCGAAUUCUAAGGCCUGGAGGUUACUGGGUGCUCUCUGGUCCUCCUAUCCGCUGGAAGAAUUAUUGGAGAGGGUGGGAAAGGACAAAAGAGGACUUAAAACAAGAGCAAGAUGAGAUCGAAGACACCGCCAAACGCCUAUGCUGGAAGAAAGUGACUGAACACAAUGAUCUAGCUAUUUGGCAAAAGCCUAUCAACCACCGUGAGUGUGUUAAAUUUAAGAAGCGCCAUGGAACACCACCCCUGUGCAAAUCACAGAAUCCGGAUACAGCUUGGUAUAGAAAUUUGGAAGCUUGCAUAACCCCACUUCCAGAAGCAACACAUGCAACUGAUGUUGCUGGUGGUGAACUACUAAAAUGGCCGGGGCGUGUUGUUGCUGUCCCUCCUAGAAUUAGCCGUGGCCUAGUACAAGGCAUCAGUGUCGAUAGAUUCGUGGAAGACAGGGAACUGUGGCAUGAAAAGAUAGCACAUUACAAUCGACUUAUUACUCCCUUUCGUUCCGGACGACAUCGGAAUAUCAUGGACAUGAAUGCCAACUUUGGGGGAUUUGCAGCUGCAUUGUCAAAGUAUCCAGUGUGGGUCAUGAAUGUUGUACCUGAAAAUUCAGAUCCUGACACUUUGGGAAUCAUUUAUGAACGAGGUCUAAUUGGUACGUACCAGGAUUGGUGUGAAGGAUUCUCAACAUAUCCAAGAACGUACGACCUCAUCCAUGCGAAUGGCGUGUUUACCAUGUAUCAAGACAGGUGUGACAUGACUUACAUCUUGUUGGAAAUGGAUCGGAUUCUGCGGCCAGAAGGGACGGUUAUAUUCCGGGACACGGUGGAGCUGCUAGUGAAGAUAAAGAGUAUAACAGAUGGAAUGAGGUGGAAGGCUCAGAUCGUGGACCAUGAGAGCGGACCCUUCAAUCCUGAGAAAAUUCUUGUUGCUGUUAAAACAUACUGGACUGGAGAAGCAACACACAAGCAGCCCUAGUAAACAUUUAUAGUUUCCUCUCCUCUUAGCACUCCCUGUCUCUCUCUUUUCAUCU